AUGCUUCCGACGUUGGUAGCCACCGUGUUGGCGGCAUUGGCCACUACGGCUCUGUCUGUCGACAUUGUGGUUCACAAGGAUGGAGGGAACAAGACCAGCGACAUGCCCUAUGGUCUCAUGCACGAGGACAUCAACUACGCGGGUGACGGCGGCAUCUACGCCGAACUCAUCCGCAACCGCGCCUUCCAAGGCAGCAAGCAAUUCCCCGUCUCGCUGUCCGGCUGGAGCCCCAUCAACGGCGCCCAACUCACUCUCAAGCAGCUGAGCAAGCCCCUCUCCUCCGCCCUUCCCAACUCCAUGAACGUCGCCGUCGGCAACGCUUCCAAACCGGGGCCCAUUGGCUUCUCCAACUCGGGCUUCUGGGGCAUGGACGUCAAGAAGCAGCCGUACAAGGGAUCAUUCUACGUCAAGGGUGCCUACAAGGGCAAGUUCACCGCGAGCCUGCAGUCCGCCAUCACCAAGGAGACGUUCGGCAGUGUCGAGAUUGUGAGCAAGAGCGUCGAAAAUGAGUGGGUGCAGCAUAAGUUUACGCUGGUGCCGACGAAGAAUGCGAAGAAUGGCAAUAAUACAUUUGCUCUGACGUUCCGGCCCGAGGGCGUGCAGGGCAAGGCCAAGAGCUUGGAUUUCAAUCUCAUUAGCUUGUUCCCGCCGACGUACAAGGGGAGGGAGAAUGGGUUGCGGGUGGAUUUGGCCGAGGCGUUUGCGGCGCUCGAACCGAAAUUCCUCCGAUUCCCAGGCGGUAAUGCACUCGAGGGACCCGAUCUAGCCAACCCCUGGAAGUGGAAUGAGACUCUUGGUCCGCUCAAGGACAGACCCGGACGCCCCGGUGUCUGGGGAUACCAAAUGUCAGAUGGUCUCGGUCUGAUGGAAUACCUGCAAUGGGCUGAAGACAUGAACCUGGAGCCCAUCCUCGCCGUCUGGGCAGGCCUCGCCCUCGAUGGGGCCUACGUCAACGAAACCGAUCUCCAGCCCUGGAUCCAAGACGCCCUCAACGAAAUCGAAUUCGUCCGGGGGCCCGCGACCUCGCCCUACGGCUCCCUGCGCGCCCGUCUCGGCCACCCGGAGCCCUUCCCGCUCAAGUACGUCGAAAUCGGCAACGAGGACUGGCUCGCUGGCCGGCCCGCGGGUUUCGAAUCCUACAUCAAAUACCGCUUUCCCUUGUUCAAAAAGGCCAUUUCAGAAAAGUACCCAGACAUCCAAAUCAUCGCCAGCCCGUCCGUCUUCGAUGACAUGACCAUCCCCGCCCCCGUGGCGGGCGAUUACCACCCGUACAGGGAACCCGACGAGUUCUACAACGAGUUCCACAAGUUCGACGGCCUGACGCGGGACAACAAGACGCUCAUCGGCGAGUACGCGGCCGUGCACGCCAACGGGGGGAUCAAGUGGGACGGGGGGCUGCAUCCGUUCCCCUGGUGGAUCGGGGCCGUGGGCGAAGCCAUUUUCCUCAUCAGCGCCGAGAACGCGGGCGAUCGCAUCUUGGGGGCUACGUACGCGCCGAUAUUGCGCAAUAUGAAUAGCUGGAGCUGGAGCGUGUGCAUGAUUGAGUUUGAGGCGGAUACGAGCAAGACGACGCUGAGCACGAGUUAUCACCUGUUUAAGUUGUUUUCGACGAAACCGAUUACGAGGACCCUGCCGACGACGCCUGGGGAGCGGAAUACGACGAGUUUGUUCUGGGGUGCUGGAGUGGCGCAGAAGGGGGGCAGGGUGGUUAAGUUUGCGAAUUAUAAUACUACGGGGCAUGCGGAUACGCCGGUGAGUGUGAGGUUUGAGGGGGUGAGGGAGAAGAAGGCUACGUUGACGGUUUUGACGGGGAAGGAGGGGGCGUAUGGGUUUAAUGAUCCCGAGAGGGGGAAUGAGGUUGUUAGGCAGGAGAGGAGGGUCCUCGGGGCGGAUAGGGAGGGGAGGUUUGUGUUUCGGUUGCCGGAGUUGAGUGUUGCGACGUUGGAGGUUGGGAGGAGGGGGGAUGAUGACGAGGAGGAGGAUGAUUAG